UGUUUCUUCGGUUUAUACGAGAAAAAAGAAAUAAUAAUAAUAAUAAUACUUUGCCAAAUUUAAAAGUUCCGUAAAAAAAGACAUGAUAAAAGAUUUCUUUAUUAACGAGGUACAUAUAUCGCAUGUUACGCCGUUGUACGCUUUCCAGAAUUGUUAAUAUACGUAGAGUAGUAUUGAGUCAUUAUUGACUGUUUGUAAAUAUUUCCUUGUAUACAUGGAAACGUAUCUAAUGAUACUGAAAGUUCCAAUAACAUUGGAAAAUAUACAACGGAGAAUUAAUUAUAAAUGCAUACUCGUACAUCAAUGCAUAUAGAUGCCGUAAAAAAAAUUGAACAGUCAUUUAUUUUCCAUUUUUAAAUAUGCACCUGAUAAAUAUCAUUUUGAACAUCGUUUCAAUUAAGAUAAAGGAUAUUCUUUUUUAAUAUUUCUUUUAGGUCAAAUGGGAAAAGUAAAUAAUAAUAAUAAUUUUUAAUAAUUUACUUGUUGAAUUUAAAAACUACAGGGUAAAAAAAGAGUUAACAAAAAAAUUUACCGUAAUCAUUUUAGAGGCUCCCUUACGACUACAUCAUAACAAAAGAAAAAUAUUUUCGAUCGAUCUACAACCAACAGAAUAACCAAACAAUAAAUUGAUCACAUUUCGUGAUACACCCAAUAUAUAUAUGUAUCAAAUAACUUCAGACACCUCUCGGCGAGAAAGCGAGAGAAAGAAAAAGAGAGAAAAAAAGAGAGAGAGAGAAAGAUAAUAAAAGAUAGCUAUGAUUGGUGGAGGCGAAAUCGAUUAACCAAUCACUGCCUCAAGAAUCAAAAUAUAGAAUAUUUGUAUUUUUCAUAAUUUCAACCAUGUUUUAAAUUAUUGUAUAUUUAAGUUUUCUUUUUCGAUUAUAAGAACAAUAAUUAAAACGAAUAAUGCUAUAAUAUCUUCAGAACGAAAAACAUAUAUAGAGAAUAAGAGAGAGAAUGAGAGUAAGAAAGAGAGAGAGUGAGAGAGAGAGAAAGAGAGAGAGAGAAAGAGAGAGAGAGAGAGAUGUGAAUGAUCGUUUUCCUUUAUAGAUAUGAAUCGAUGUUUAAUAUCGAUUUAUGUUGCUUGCGAUAAUCGAAAAAAUUGAAAGAACGCGGUACUUACAAGUUUUAAGUAUUUAUCAUCGUAUAUACAUUGGAUAAUUAUGAAUUUUUUUAUUUUUAAUUUAUAUUUGUAUUUUUAUAUAUACCAAAACUUAUAUGAUCAAUCAUAAUUAUUAACUUUUAUAUCAUGUAUCUCGAUUAAACAUUGCAAUCAGAUAUGAGUUAAGAAAUGUAUUUGUUUCACGUAGCACGUGUCACAUAUAAAGUACGAUGUAGAUGAAUAUAUAUAGAUCAAAUAUAAUAAGGAUUUGAAUAUAUCAUGAUUUUGCAUUAGUUAAGGUCCAAUACGAUUAAACUUGUUAUUUAUACGAACGAAAAGGAAUUUUUGAUUAUUUUAUCAACUAUAUACUUCAGGACUUUUAAUAAAAAGAUAUAUUAGAAAAAGUAAAUAUGCAGACAAGAAGGAAAUGUUCUCAAUCUUAUAAGAUAAAAAUUACAAAAGGAAAUUCUAAUCGUAAAAAAGAAAAUUUAUCAAUACAAUAUAAAAAUUUACAAUCAAAGUUAGGAUUGAAAGAUCUACGUAUCAUCUUGCGUGAUAUUGCUGCAGACAAUUUAAUUCCAUCACAUCAGCAGUAUUUGAUUACUAAAAAAAUUGACUCUGCAAAGGCAAUUAAUAAAUGUAAGAUAAAUACAAAUAAAAAGACCAAUCCAAAGAAAGGAAAAUCUUCAGUUAAUGGUAAAAGAAAAUUAAUACGUUCUAAAGUUAAAUACUCUUCUAAAACUAUUAAAAAAAAAUCUUCCUCAAGAACUAUUAAAGAACAUGGCUCAAAGAAAAGAAAAGAAACAAAAGAAAAAAUAGACAAACAACUAAAUGUUGAUACAAAUCCAUCGUGUACAAAAGAACAAGAAACUUAUUUUGUUAAACCUUUACUUUCUAUUGAUAAUAACAGUGUAGAAAAAUAUAAAUUAGAUAUAAAUGAUACUGUUGAAUAUACACAGAAACACAAAAAUACAGAUUUAUCUAUUGUUACCACAAAUUGUAAUACAAAUUUAUUUUCUGAUAUAUCUAAUGAAAAAGUAUCAAUACCUUAUAUACAUAUUAAAAAUGAAUUAAAGAAGCAAGAUUUAAAUUCCAAAAAAAAUCCUGAGAUUGACUUUAUUAAUAAUCAAAAUUUAAAAGAUAAAUGUUUGGAUGAGAAAAUGCAUAGAAAAUUUUCAGAAGAAAUGCAAAUUGUUCCAUGGACCUCAGAAGACAUAAAAAAAAUGGAUUACACAGAUAUCAAAUAA